CCUCACUUGUAGAAGGGCUGACUGGUAAAAAAAAAGAAAAAAAAAAAGAAGCCUUCUCAGUUACCACCGUGAAAGUUGUGGUGCCUCUCUCUAAUAUGGGAAGUAUAUGAGUCCUUGUUGGCAGAGAUAUAACUUAUUUUAUUUUUCUCACGGAGUGCGAUGUAGUUCAACUUCACAUCCCAAAGUGAACUGUAUUUGUCAAGAUGACAGCGCUUACACCUCUGAGCCGUGCUGUACUUGGACUCGCGUGGAGCUGCUUGAGUUUUCUGUCCUGCGCUCAUUGCGGGAUAAGUGACAACCAUGUGCACUCCAGUUUUAUUUACAGGAGGUUGCGCAAUCACGAACGCAGGGAGAUCCAGAGAGAGAUCCUCUCCAUCCUGGGCUUGCCUCACCGUCCGAGGCCCUUCUCUCCCGGGAAGCAGGCGUCCUCCGCGCCGCUGUUCAUGCUCGACCUGUACAACGCCAUGGCCGUGGAGGAGGAGGAGGGGAUGCAGCAGCUGGGCGCCGGGAAGAGCUUCAGUGCCAAGGCUCAAGGGCACUCCAGGAAAGCUUACUACAGCCCCCAGCAUGCCGGGUACUCUCGUGCGGCACAGCCUUACCGCGCGGCCCCGCUGUUGGGCCACAACCCCGCACUCACCACAGCGCAGGACACCAACUUUCUCAAUGAUGCCGACAUGGUCAUGAGUUUUGUCAAUUUAGUGGAGAAAGAUAAAGAUUUUUCUCACCAACGAAGACACUACAAGGAAUUCCGUUUUGAUCUGACUCAGAUCCCGGAGGGAGAGGCGGUGACUGCUGCAGAGUUUCGGAUCUACAAGGACCGCAGUCAUGCUCGCUACGACAAUGUUACUCUGAAGGUUACCAUACAUCAAGUCAUCAAGGAAUAUCAAAACAACGAUGCAGAGACGUUCUUGCUCGACUCCAAAAGGGUCCAGGCAUCUGAUGGAGGCUGGUUAGUGUUCGACAUCACGACCACCAGUAACCACUGGGUGAUGAACCCACAGCAGAACUUAGGCCUGCAGCUCUGUGUGGAGACUGGAGAUGGUCGAAGUAUCAACAUAAAAUCUGCCGGAAUAAUUGGGAGGAAUGGGCCUCAGUCCAAACAGCCUUUCCUGGUUGCUUUCUUCAAGGCCAGUGGGGUGUUGCUUCGCUCUGUCAGAGCUGCUGGUGGUAAAAAAAAGAACCACAAUCGCAAUAAAUCUACUAAUCAACAAGAAUCAUCUAGGGCACCAAAAACCGGAGAUUACAACACAAGUGAACAGAAGCAAGCCUGCAAGAAGCAUGAACUUUACGUCAGUUUUCGAGAUUUGGGCUGGCAGGAUUGGAUCAUCGCACCUGAGGGCUAUGCUGCUUUUUACUGUGAUGGGGAAUGCUCUUUUCCACUCAACGCACACAUGAAUGCAACAAAUCAUGCAAUUGUGCAAACGCUGGUCCAUUUAAUGUUUCCUGACAACGUGCCAAAGCCAUGCUGUGCCCCGACCAAGCUCAACGCAAUAUCAGUGCUUUACUUUGAUGACAGCUCAAACGUUAUCCUCAAGAAAUACAGAAAUAUGGUAGUUAGGUCUUGUGGUUGCCAUUAAUGCCGGGCUAACUUUCAUUUUUAAUUUAUGUGAUCUGGUAUGGGAAUCGCUGGAAAACACAUCUGCUGCAGGUGUGAUGUGAUGUACAGUAUUAUGUAUAUAAAGUUUUAUUGCCUAAUUUAUUUUCUUUUCUUUUUCUAAAAUAGCACUGAAUAUUGUGAUAUUUAAAUUUUUACGUCAGUUAUCAGUUAACUUUUGUGUCCAUUGGCAUAUACUCCCUCUUAUUUACGUCUGUAUGAUAACUUUCAUGAGUUAACUAUUCACUGGAGUCAUCAUGAUGCAUAAGCUCGCCUCCCCCUUCUGCUCCUUUUUCCCUUUUUUACAAUAUGUUUGUGCUAUAAAUACUCACUGAGCUAGAACUAUACAUGGAUCUCAGUAUUUGGUGUUUUUCUUCAAUGUUAAUUUUGUCUCUUAGUGUCAUUAUGGACCCACAUUUAUAAUGACGCACACAGAAUAAUGUAGCAUCACAAGUUAAUUUGACAAACA